GCCUUUGAACAUUCAAAGGCGAGGUCUAGAAAGGCUUGCCGAGUUCAUUGUUUUCUCAUCUCUGUCUUUCGUCGUUCCUUCCCUUGCUUUUGACAGCGUUAUUAAAACGGCUAAUCAUGCGUGGGCGAGUUCCCUUGAGCGAUUCUUCAAGGCUUGGAGCCCACCCCUUUCCGUUCUUGGGCUCCCUCCUCCUUUUACCCGGUCAACGCGGCUUUGCUCAUCUUGUCCGGGCACCAUCUCGCGUGUGCUGGCGCAUCUUUAGCUCGGAUGCAAUAACUCUGCUCGGCUCCUUUCGGCGCGUCCGAUGUGAGCUCAUCGGAGCAGCUUUCUCCUUGGUCUGUUGUGUUCCUGAGCACAAUUAUUCAGUUGAGGUACCUCCUUUCAUUCUUCCUCGAGUUACCCAAUUUUCUGGCCGCCGGUAAGUCGACGUAUUGCUUCAGUGAGACGGGUUUGCGUGGGUUCGUCGUUCGGAGUAGCUUGUCGGUCAGGGGCUUCAAUAGCUUGAUAAUUUAUUCGGGUUGUUGUCAAAGAGCGGUGGAGUUAUUGUGUUGUUAGGUUAUACAUAGUCUACUAUUGCAAGUGCUUCAGUUCCAUCGGGAGCGAGGCGCUUUUCCAUGGCUCGAUCAUUUUUCGCUGAAACCUUGUCCUUCAGAGGAUCAUCCCAUGUCCAGGGUCAACAGAAUGCUCCUAUUAAGACCAGCAAGCAAUCUCUGAAGUUGCAGCUCUUACAUGGAAACUUAGACAUUUGGGUGAAGGAUGCCAAAAAACUCCCCAAUUUGGAUUUGUUUCACAAAAGAUUGGAGGACGUGCUCGGGAAAAUUCCCGUCAAGGUUAAAGGCAAAAUCGAAGGUCAAAUGUCUAAGAUAACCAGCGAUCCUUAUGUUACGGUUUCCAUUUCUGGUGCUGUCAUCGGUAGGACGUUUGUGAUCAGUAACAGCGAGAACCCCGAAUGGAAGCAGCACUUUUAUGUGCCUGUGGCACAUUAUGCUGCGGAAGUGUAUUUUGUGGUUAAGGACAACGAUGUAGUCGGCUCCCAGAAAAUAGGCGCAGUGGGGAUUCCUGUGGAACAGUUAUUGUCGGGAACAAAAAUUGAAGGAACUUUCCCUAUCUUGAACGAUAACGGGAAGCCCAUCAAGACCGGAGCUGUCUUGAGCUUAUCGAUCCAGUACACUCCGGUAGAUAAAGUGGACGUUUAUAGUGAGGGAGCCAGUCAUGGUCCUAAUUACCAGGGAGUACCAAACACAUACUUUCCUCUCAGAAAGGGUGGUAAGGUUACUCUUUAUCAAGACGCUCAUGUCCAUGAUGGUUCCCUUCCUAAUUUAGAGCUCGACGAUAACUUGCAGUACAACCACAGGAGUUGUUGGCAAGAUAUCUUUAAUGCAAUUAGUCAGGCCCGACGUUUAGUCUAUAUUGCUGGAUGGUCUGUGUUCCACAAGGUUAGACUGGUCAGGGAUGGCAAUGAGGCAACAGUUACAUUAGGGGAUCUACUCAAAACCAAGUCACAGGAAGGUGUCAGAGUGCUCCUUCUAGUGUGGGAUGAUCCUACUUCUCGCAGCAUUCUGGGGUACAAAACGGAAGGGAUCAUGCAUACCAAUGAUGAGGUGACUCGUCAUUUCUUCAGGAACUCAUCGGUGCAAGUGCUACUUUGUCCUCGAUCAGCUGGAAAAGGACAUAGCUGGGUCAAAAAGCAGGAAGUAGGAACCAUUUACACUCAUCAUCAGAAGACAGUGAUUGUGGAUGCUGAUGCUGGGGAUUACAGAAGAAAGCUUGUAGCAUUUGUUGGAGGUCUAGAUUUAUGCUUGGGUCGUUAUGACACUCCCAGUCAUCCAACUAUGCGGACACUGCAGACGGAGCACAAAGACGACUAUCACAACUCUACUUUCACGGAUCCUUCUGCUGGUUGCCCAAGGCAGCCAUGGCAUGAUUUGCAUUGCCGCAUAGAUGGACCAGCAGUAUAUGAUAUCCUCACCAACUUUGAGGAGCGUUGGUUAAAAGUUUCAGAACCACAUGGUUUACAGAAGUUAAAGACAUCAUAUGAUGAUCAACUUCUGAGACUAGAAAGAAUUCCCGACAUCUUGGGGAUUUCAGAUGUUUCUUGGCCAAUUGAAGAUGACCUAGAGAAUUGGCACGUUCAGAUUUUCCGCUCGAUUGAUUCCAAUUCAGUCAAAGGCUUCCCUGAUGACUCUAAAGAUGCUCCAAGCAGAAACCUGGUAUGUGGAAAGAAUGUGUUGAUAGACAUGAGCAUACACACAGCAUAUGUCAAGGCAAUCCGUGCAGCACAACAUUUCAUUUACAUUGAGAAUCAGUACUUCCUUGGUUCAUCAUAUAACUGGGAUUCUUAUAAAGAUAUAGGUGCCAAUAAUUUAAUACCAAUGGAGAUAGCUCUUAAGAUUGCUAGCAAAAUAAGAGCAAACGAGAGGUUUUCUGUGUAUAUUGUUAUCCCAAUGUGGCCAGAAGGUGUUCCUACAAGCCCCCCCCUUCAAAGAAUACUGUUUUGGCAGCGCAAGACAAUGGAAAUGAUGUAUGAUACAAUCUACAAGGCUCUAAAAGAGGUUGGGCUUGACAAUAAAUAUGAACCUCAAGACUAUUUGAAUUUCUUCUGCCUCGGCAACCGUGAAGUGUUAGAUGGAGAAGACAGUUUAAAGUCGGGACGUGCAAAUGGAGCAAAGUCGGCUCAGGAACUUGCUCGAAAGAACCGGAGGUUUAUGAUUUACGUCCAUUCUAAAGGAAUGAUAGUGGACGACGAGUAUGUGAUACUGGGAUCUGCGAAUAUUAAUCAGCGAUCCCUGGAGGGCACUAGAGACACUGAAAUAGCUAUGGGUGCAUAUCAACCUCGGCACACCUGGACUCAGAAACAGUUGGCUCCACGAGGGCAGAUACACGGAUACAGAAUGUCCCUGUGGGCAGAGCAUCUCGGAAGCCUCGAAGAAUGCUUCAAGUGCCCGGAGAGUGUCGAUUGCGUGAGAAGGGUACGAUCGCUGAGCGAGGCUAACUGGAGACAGUACGUAGCUGACGAGGUAACCGAAAUGAAAGCCCACCUCCUGAAGUAUCCGCUCCAGAUUGACAGUAUGGGAAAGGUGAAGUCACUUCCUGGUUGCGAGACAUUCCCGGACGUCGGCGGGAACAUACUGGGUUCAUUUAUUGCCAUUCAAGAAAACCUUACAAUAUAGCGGCGCCUAUGAUCGCCUCGCCUUACACUCGUUCGCGUGUCACGACUAUCAUAUAUGCUAUGAUCAGUCGUCAUUCUUUUGUGCAUAUAAAAUCCAAGGGGAUCGAGAGGGGCUCUCUGAUUCUGUUCCUGCUUUUCGUGUAUCAUACCUUCAUGGAUUUGCAAAAGACCUGCGCAACCUGCAAAUUUUCUGCUCAUUUUGAGGUUGAACAUUCCAACCAUUCCCGAGAGAGUCUAGGACGGGGGACAGAACUCUUGAGAAUAUUAAUGUUCAUAUUGCCAAAGUUAUUGCACAAAA